GUCGACAUCCAGUAUGGCAACCAACUGUGAUGAGAGUGCUAUGGCGAUCGUGCCGUUCUCGUACACGAGUCCAUUUCACGCUGCCCACUUGGCGGCCGAGCGCUUGUUCCACUUGGAUGACAUCAGCAUCCACAUCAAGCAAGAAUGGAAGCCCGAUGGUCGCGGCGGCACCGAGCUGGGAUUCGGAGCCCACGUAUACAAUGCGGCGGUGAUGCUCGCGUUCUACAUCCACAGAUACGACCUGUCUUUCAUCCUUCCCGACUACUCCUAACCUCACAUCCUCAUCACGAACCCUUCCAUCGUCCGGCAACGGCGUGUCCUGGAGCUCGGGUGCGGGACCGGCUUGGUGGCCAUCGCGGCUGCCCAUGCAGGAGCCAGCCACGUACUUGCGACCGACGGCGACGCCAACGUGGUGACGCUAGCCCAGCACAACAUCGACACCAACACGCCCCCCGAAGCCACUUCGACCUUUUCGUGCCACGCCGCAAAGCAUUUCUGGUACAUUCACCAAGAAUACACUAUUUCCUUUCGUACUUUUGUCUCUGACGUUUCGCCAUGCAACAAUUUCGAUUGACAGGGGUGAAGACGUGGACGCCCUCGGGGCUUUCGAUGUGGUGCUGGGGGCCGACAUCAUCGCAUGUCCGUACGAAGCCGCGUACGACGCGCUGCUGCUGUCGCUGCGGCACUUGCUGGCGUCGCCGUCCACCGUGGCGUUGGUCGCGUACAAGCAGCGCCACGGGUCAGAAGCCAAGUUCUUUUUCAAGCUGAAAAAGGAGUUUGAUGUGGCGGUCGUUCCCAAAGGCGACUACCACGCCGACUUUCGUGGGGAAGGCAUUGAUAUUCUGCGACUAUCGAGAAAAGAGCAGCGGAAUCUGUCGUAAACUCCAAAUAGUGUUGUCCGGAACGUUGGUCAUUGCACUAGUGAAAAAUCCCCAUACAUUCAUUCUCGUUUGACG